AUGAAUUUUUUAUUCCGUCUUUUUUUCUUCUUUUAUUUUCUAUUUUUUAACAUAAUUUUAUCAAAAAGUAUUAGAAAUACAAUUUUAUAUUUACACAGUCAAAAAAAGUUUUGCUCUAAUAAAUGUAAGAAAAAAUAUUAUUCUCUCAAUAACAAUGAAAAAAAAGAAAAUAAAUUAGAAAAUGAUAGUUUUCAAGUUAAUAAAUUUGAAAAAGAAGAAAUAAAAAUUCAUAAAAAUCUAAAUGUAAAUAUUUUUAGAAGUGAAAAUGAAUCAUCUGCUUAUGAUCAAAGCUUAUGCAUUUAUAAUUUACUGAAAGAUAUAGAAAUCAAAGAUGUUAAAAAAACACCUUCAUUUAAUGAAAAUUUAGCAAAUGUAACAAUAGAAAAAAACAAUAACACAAUUAAAUUACAUCAAAAUAAGGAUAAAAACUAUUUAGAGAAUUCUUUAAUAUAUAAAAAUACAAAUUAUAAUUUACCUUAUAUGUUAAAUUAUUAUCCUGAUGAUAUGUUCAUAUUUAAUUUUGAUGGAGUUAUAAAUUUAAAUAAACAAGAAAAAAUUGUUGUAGCAUUUUUAACAUUUCUAAAAAUUUUUAAUCAAGAGUUUUUAUUUAAUAACAAAAAAAUUAUUAAUUUGCCAUUAUACGAUUUUAUAAAACAAAGAAAUUAUUUAAUGAAUAAGAAUAGUACUACUACUACUACUACUACUACUACUACUACUACUAAUAAUAAUAAUAAUAAUAAUAGUAAUAAUAAUAAUAAUAAUAGUACUACUACUUCUAAUAAUAAUAAUAAUAGUACUACUACUUCUAAUAAUAAUAAUAAUAGUAGUACUACUUCUAUUACUACUACUAAUAAUAAUAAUAAUAAUAAUAAUGAUACAUUUAUUUUACUAAAACUUAUACCUAAAUUUAUUUAUACAAGAUUAUUAUAUAUAUAUAAAUAUAUAAAAAAUAAUGAAGACAUUGUAAUAGCAAUAAAAUACAUAUAUGAUGAAAUAAAUGAUAUAUGUAUAAAAUAUAAUUAUGAUAUUAAUGAAUUGAUGAAUAUUUGCAAUGAGAAAAAUGUUUUAGCUAAAAAGUUAAAAAAAAUUAGUGAAAACAAAAAUUUCAAUAAAAAGUGUACAUCUGAAAAUAAUAAAUUAAACAAUGAUAACAUAAACAAUAAUGGAAGUAUUUAUAAUAAUGAAAAUUCUAACAAUGGUGACAAUGUAGAUAAAAUAGAUAUAUAUGAAGUAACAAAAGAACUAACUGAAGGUACUUUUAAUCCAUAUAUAAUUAAUAAAUAUAAAGAUAUAGAAAAUUUUCCAAAUGUAUUUCCAAGUUUUAGGGUUGAUUUUGAAGAUUUUUACAUGAAUAAUACAUAUUUAAAAUUAUAUGAAAAAUAUAAAGUAAAUAUGAAUGAUAUAAAAAACGAAUUUAACAAUAUUCGUAAUCUAUUAAUUAAAAAUGAUAAAGAGUCUUAUGAGAACUUGAUGAAAUAUAGAUAUGUAUGCAAUAAUUUAGAUGAAGAAGAAAGAAAAAAUCAUGAAACAUUUAAUUUUUGUUGUAUUGAUAUAAUUAAUAAUAACAUAAACAUUUUUAAAAAACCUAUUUAUAUCAUAUCUACUAUAGAAAAUACCAGCUUUAUUAAAUAUACAUUACAAUUGUUUGGAUUAAAUAUUUUAAAAAAGGAAGAUGAGCAUUUAUUACGUAUUUUUGGUGAUGAUAUAAUAUAUUCAAAGGAAGAAGAAAAUAAUGAAAACACUAUCCUUUUUAACUUAAAAAAUUUUAUAAAAAAGAAGUAUUUUACUGAAAAAUCAAAAGAACAAAAAGAUGAUUAUAUAUAUGAUUCAUAUAAUUUAGAUAUAAAUUAUUUAAAAUAUUUUAAAAAAACAAAAAAGAAAGAUUAUUAUUUUAAUAAAAAUUUACAUUAUAUGAAUAUGCUUAAAAAAAAAUGUGAUUUAAUUAAUUUAAUUAUAGAAAAAUAUCAUGAAGAUAAUUCUAUUCAUAUAAUAGAUCAUAAAUAUGAUGAUCUAAAUGCACUUAAUAAUGAUAGUAGAUUUAAUCAAAAAAUAAGGUUAUACUUUUGUGAAUGGGGAUACAAUACAUAUGAAGAAAAAUUAAAAGCAAUUUUUAAUGAUAAAAUAAAAACGUUUUCUCAAACUUUUAAACUUUUGUUUUUAUGUUGCACCUUUCAAAAUUCACCAAGAAGAGAACAUACACACGGUAAAGGAAUUACUCAAGACUUUUAUUCAAAAUUUAUGUAUAAAUAUUGUUUAAAAAAUAAUAUAAUUUCUCACACAGAUAAAUUUAAUAAUCUAACAUAG